AUGGGAAACACUCAAGGGAAACCUACACCACCAGGGAGAAGGAGGGCUCAGAAACAAGAUGCUAAAUACAGUCCAGGAGAGGUGACUGGCACACCAUCAAGGUCUGAUAGAAGAACUGUGUAUCAACAUGAGGAAAGUACGGAGGGAGUCGUCCAGGAUCAGAGAUCUCUAUCAGUAUCUCUCCACUCUACCAGUACACAGAUCUCAACUUCUCAGCUACUGACACGUCAACAAUCUGUUAAUGCACAAGCAGCUGUAGAUUGCAGUUUAAAGGAUGUGGGUUAUGAAAUGACCUCAGGAACCCUAAACUUUUACUUACUAGCACGUCUUUUGCUGGAUGUUUGCAGUGAUGCUUUGAGGGACCUCCUGCGAUGCAAGAUAGGUGGAGGAGAGGGAAUACUUACCAAAGCAAUUUACCAAAGCAGAGACAGACUGAAUCAUCUUAGCAGCAGCCAGAAAAAUUUAAUCAUGCCUCCAGACAACAAACUUGUGCAAUAUGAUACUCUUGACUUUACGUUGCUGUACACAAUUUUUCGAAAUGUGUGUCGUAACAAGAUAGAGUCAGAUGCAAGAAAGUGGGGUAAACCCCCACUUGAUGGUGAUAGCAGCCUCCUUGCUGCCCUUGAAAGAAUUCGGCUAUGUAGAAAUAAUUGUUUUGCACAUGCCACAUCUGCAAGGGUAGAUGAUAUAGAAUUCAAGAAGAUAUGGGAACAAGUUGAAAAAUCAUUGCAGAAAAUAGAUGAAAAUUUGGAACCAGCAAUUGUUUCUAUUUGCUACUUAGAUGAAAUGAAGAAAUUAAAAGAAAAUCCAAUUAUAGAUCCUAAGACUAAACCCCUUCUGCAACAGUUGGCUGAAAAAGAGAAACAGUUGAUGGAAAGUUAUGAAAUGUCAGCAGAGACUGAUCGCCUUCUAGAAGAUUUAAUUGGCAUUAGAAAGAAGUACAAGAAGAAUAUUUGUGCAUUCAAAUCACAGUUGUCAGUACAUUCCUACAGACUAAAGGAUCCAAAUAUUGGUCAAACAGAACACUAUUUGAAAGAAUGUAAGAUGGAAAACGAAUUUUAUGUGAAAACAAGUUUAUUCUGUGAGACAGAAAAGUUUCUAAAAAAAUAUAAUUGUGUCAUAAUUGUUGGAAAACCAGGAACAGGAAAAACGGGGAUUGCAACACAGUUAAUGUUCAAAUAUUGCGAUGAAUUUGUUGUUCGCAAAUUGGAUAGUCCUACCGAUUUUCAGAUGUUAGUCGAUCCAACAAUGAAAUCUUUUAUUUUCAUUGAUAACAUAUUUGAUUGCACUGAUGUAACUUUAAAAGACUGGUGGAAAAAGUUUGAUUACAUAGAAAAGUUUGUGUGUUCAAAAUGUGUCAACCAGAAAGUCGUUAAGAGUGAUAAUGCCAGUGAGGACACUGAAGCAGAGGUUCCAGAAUUCAUAACAUAUGUAGUCAUGACCACUAGACCACAUUUGCUUGAAGCAGCAAAAGAUAGAAUGGAUAAAACUCACUCUUUGCUGGAAAAAUAUGUUUUAGAUAUUGAUUCAGAACAGUUUAGUCUAAGUGCUAGGGAAAAACGAAAUAUAUUGGAAGCUAAAUUUAAGUAUGCAAGCCAAGUAAAAAAUAUCAAGGAAGAAGAAUUUUCAAAAGAAGAUUGGACAAGUAUUUUUGAAUCCUGUCCUCCAUUUGGGUUUCCUUUAUGUGCCCAUUUAUUUGCAUGUGACGAAAGAUACAGGAAAGAUGGAACAAAAUUUUUCUCAAAUCCUCACCAGUAUAUGCUUGAUGGACUGAAGGAUGUUCUUAAUAUUCAACGUUCAAGACGCAGAGAGGCACUUUUUAUUCUAAUGCUGGUUUGUGAUAUGAAGAAUACGAAUGUGGCUUAUGACGAUGAGGAUGAAUGUUGGAAAGUCCUUAGUGAUUUGGGACUUACAGAUAUUGAUGAAUUAUCUUUAAAAAAGAAAGAUGUUAAAGAUCUGCCACAAGCUGCAUCAGAUCUUGAAGAGACGUAUUUGAGAGAAUGCAGUACACAAGGGUAUAUAUUUAUUCACCCAAGUGUACGAGAAGCUGUAGAAAAUUACUUUAUUCAAAAAUACACACAAAAAGCUAUCGAAAUACUUCCUAUGCAUGUUCUGUCUAGAAAGUUGUUUGCAGAAUGUUGCUCUGAUGAACAUGCACCUUUGAUGAACCUACUUUCAGAACAAAGAUUGGCUAAACGACUAGUAAAAGAAAUUAAUGAGGGGAAUAUUUGUGAAGUUUGCAAAUUCCCUGGACUGAAAAACAAGAACUUUUCGGGUGUAUUUUUGAGUGAAAUUACACAAAAUGCAGAAACUGUUAAAAAUGUAAUGAGUGUUAAGGAUACUUGUGGAUUUCCUUUUAUGUAUUGGUUCACAGCAUAUGCACUUCUUGACACAGUUCUUCAGCUAUUAAAACAUGAAAUACUGGAGGAAGCAUUAACAGAAUCAGAAAUUUUAAUGCAGUAUGGAUAUUCUCUAAUUGCAUCAUGUGCCUCAGAAAAAAAGAUUAAAAUUACUGGAUUUAUUUUAGAAAAGUAUUCAGGCAAGGGUAUCCAAAAUUUCUAUGGAGAUGAGAACUCCUCCUCAUUAGGAGAACAGUCAAACCAGGGUUUUAUAUAUCCUCUUUCAGAAGCACUAAGAGCAAGAAAUGAAGAAGCUAUACAACUCCUGAUGGAAAAAGAAGCAUGUUUUCCAUCCUCAACAUGGAAAGGAUGGCCUUUUCUACAUGCUUGUCACAAUGAACCAAAAAUAUGUUGCUCAGAAUUUCUUGAGGCUGUUCUUUCUUUUGACAGAAACGAAAGCCUGUUUGAAAGUAAUGAAGAAAAGGGUGCCUUGAAGUAUGAUCAAAUUAGAGGAACAGAAGAGACAUUUCUCGAAAGUAUAGUGUCAAAAGUUGAGAAGUCCAUAAGGCUGCAUCAGGAAUCAUGCCAAAGGAUUUUAUUAUAUUUAGUUCAAAUUCCUGAUUUGGAAAUAUCAGAUGGUAUUAUACAUGCUUUUUGUUCAAUACCUGAAAUCAAGCACUACUCAGAAAAGGAACGAUUAAAUCCAUUAAACUUUGUUGAUGACAAUGGAAAUACCAUUCUUCAUCUUCUUUUAAAUUACCAAAAGAAUCAACCAACCAUGGCAGGGAACUAUGACGAUAUUGCCCAACCUGAGGAUGAUACAGAAAAAGAAGACAGAGAUGAAACGUUACCUAUGCUUCCAGAGGAAGUAACUGGUGAAUAUCAACGUGAUGUUGUCUUUGAGCGAAUGGAAGAGAAAAGUGUUCACUUACGGACAAUACGGAGAUUUUACAAAAAAGGUGCAGACAUUAAUAUGAAAAAUAAGAUGGGAGAGACACCACUAAUAAUUGAAAUCAGCAAAUUUUGUCCAUCAAUAGAUGUUGUGAAAAGCUUGUUACAUUAUCAAGCAAAUCCCAAUGCUCAGGAUAUUUAUGGAAGAACUUGUUUACAUACGCUUCUUCUCCAAAAUUAUGAGAAAAACAUACAAGUAGAGAAGUUUCUUGCUCUUCUAAUAAAAUCGGGGGCAGAUGUUAACAUGGUUGAUAAAUUUGGCAAUAGUCCUAUUUUGUUAGAGUUGAAGAGACAGAGGCCAAGGAAAGUUAUUUUAAAUCAGCUUAUAGAUGCACAAAUAGACAUGAGAAUAGCAGACAGUAAUGGAAAAACGGCACUACGUGUUGCAUUAUCAGCCUCCUACGAGAAUGACAUAAUGAAAAAAGAAAUUGUUAAAAUCCUAUUAAAAUCGAAAUCUGUGGACGUGCUUUCCCGUAAUAAAACUGGGAUUUCUGCUUUUAGAUUUGCUUUGGAGGAUUCGAAUAUCGAAGAUAAUAUUUUAAUACAGAUUGCUCUCCACGACUCGUGUUGUUUUCCUCUCCAUGAAUGCAUAAAAGAAGAUGUCGAGGAAACCAUUAAAAUUGAAGGUAUUACACAAUUGCUUUCGACUGGUAAUGACAAGCUUCAAAUUUCUGCAAAAGAUCCGGAUGAUCGGACCCUUUUGAUUACUGCUGCUCAAGCUUGUCCACAUAUGCAUAAACUUUUUGACUUUUUGUUGUCGAGAGAUGUGCCUAUAAAUUCAAAGGACUCUUAUGGAAAAAGUGCUUUGUUUUACUUGAUGGAAUCCGAUGCUGAAUUUAGCGCACGUGAGGCCUCGUUCAACUUGCUUUUGGCAAAACGACCUUUGGUUAAUGAUGAAAUAGAGAAUUUUGAAUCACACUCACCUUUAUUGAAAGCAAUGCAAUCUAUGGUUUGUAGAUCAUUUUUGUUUGACCCAAUGGAAUUUCCAUCUGAAGCCAUGGCAAACAAAAUUACAACAGAGGAGUCCCCAAAGAAACAUGUAUCAAGAAUAGGUGGACUUUUUCCUGAUCGAGUGUCAGAUCUGAAAAUUGAAGUUGUCCAGAGAAUGCUUGAUAUUUGUACUGCGGACCUUAAUUUCUCAGUGGAUGAAAAGCAUCGUACUUACCUUCAUUAUUGUGCGAGCUCUCGUUUAGCAGAUAAACAAACACUUGCCAUCUGCAAACGCCUUGUUGAACUUGGUGUUGAUGUUGAUCAAAAAGAUAAAGAUGGGCUCACCUGCAUCGAUAUGGCAUUUAAAUUCUAUGAAAAGAAAUUUGACACUCUUGUUUUCUUAAUGGAAAAAAGUACACAUUUACAGGAUUUGGACAUAGAUAAAUUAUUGGAACAUUUGGCAGAUAAUGCUAAUUUAUAUGAGAAAUUGGUUCAGUAUCUGAUAGAAAACAUAUUUGAAUUAAAUAAGCCAAAGCGAAACUUGUUUCAUUAUUUGGCUUCAAUUGGUUAUUAUGCCAAAGACCAACCAAAAGUGGAGCGCGAAGCAGUGUUUGAUAAACUUCAAGAAAACUUCCCAGCAAAUGAAAAAAAUAAAGACGGGCAAAUUCCGUUGCAUACUGCAAUUGAAAGUAAUACAAGUGUGUCCUGUAUUCGAAGCUUUGUGCGGAUAAGUAUAUCGUAUCUUGACGAGCGGGACUUUGAGGGAAACACAGCUUUACACUUGGUUUUGAAGUCGGACAGAGAGGAUGUUGACGUACUUACAAUAGUGAAAAAGAUGCUUAAGUUUAAAGUUGAUAUCAAUGCUCAAAACGACUUGGAUAGAACACCUCUAAUGAUAGCUGUAAGAUGCGACAAGGAUAGGACAAGUACAAUAAAAGAACUUCUCAAUCACAAAGAACGACCAGAUUUGUUAUUGCGUGACCGUGCCGAAUUUUCAAUUCUUCAUCAUUGCAUAGACACGCCAAAGGAUGAUUUCACUGCCCAUUGUAUUCUGUCUAUUUUUCUAGAUUCAGGUCUGUCACUUCCAAUAAAAUCAAAAACACUUAAAGGAUUAACUGCCCUUAAUUAUGCCGCAAAAUAUGUCCAUUUUAGUCGCAUAUUGUGUAUAAUAAAGAUGCUUCAGACCAAAGGCUGCUCAACUGAAGCUGUUGAUAAAAAGGGACAAUCGCCUCUCUAUAAUUCAGCGACUAAUCUCAAAGGAGUAAAUCCUUUAAUUGUUCUAGAAAGAUUACUGCGUGCAUAUAUUUUUUUGAUUCAUGGAGAUUCGGAUAUGAAAACAAACAACGGAGACAGUGUGUCUUCUGUGUGUGAAAAAUUCGAUUACAUAUCUCUUCAGGAUCUUUUAGACAUUGACAUCAUGGAUUCUGAUAAAGCAUACGAUAUAAUAAAACGAGCCUGGAUUACUGUUUCAAGUGGACAGUUUCCUAAGAACAACUAUGAACAUCUUUUCAAAUUCAAAGAUGAAAAAAUAAAGUCAUUGAUUUUGGAUUCACUGCCAUAUUUGUCCCAUCGUAUGUUAGACAAUUUAAAAAAUGAGGAACCGUUAGUGGAUGAUACCUGUCUCUCAAGUGUACCUGACCUUGAACAUGCCCUGUCUCAGCAAUAAUGGUGUGACUUAAUGGACAUCUUCAGAAUAACUUGCGUUGAUCUGGAUAAAAUUAUGUACACUGUAUGAGACAAAAUAAGAAAAGGAAAUGCAAUAUUGACGUUGAAUUAACCAAAAAAAAUCUUUCUUUUACAUUUUGUUAAUUUUUUGAAUUUUUUUUUUUUUUUUUUUGAAAGGCAGCCAUUUAAUGUUGUUGAUGAAAUCAUUACUUUUAUGAUAUAUAUUUUUUUCAUGUUUAUUGUGGAUAUCUGAAUUUAAUCGCUCAUGUUAUUAAGUGUAACUGUCAGUCACUGCCAAUACGUAAUGAAAUAGUCUAUGAAAUACCUCCUAUGGAUUGCUGAAAUAUAAGUCAUUUUUAUAUUAAAGAAAAUGUUUUGGAUACGACCACAAUGACAACUAACCAUAUUUUCUAUGUCUACAUUCAAACAUGAAUAGGAAUACAUAGCAGGGAACCAUACUAGAAGUACAUUUCCGUAAUAUGAAGCAAGCUUUACUGAAAGUAAAACUGCAGAAACUCGUUUCCCUCAAUCACACUUUAUAUGUGAAACCUUGCACUUUUUUGUCAAAUGAUCUGACAUUAAGUGUAAAAAUACAAUUGAAUGUAGAUAUGAUAACUUAUCUUGAUUAUUUACCGGGUAUUCUAUUUUAUGUUCACUUGAUGAAUCUUUGACUUAUAUAUGAUGAUCCUUGAAGUAAAAUAGUUGAUAACAGUUGCAGCAAAGAAAACUUUAAAAUGCAAAGAAUUAAAAGAAAAUGAAGGUACCGAUGUGUGAAGAUUAUUAUAAUGAAAAUAAAUUGCACAUUUUUAAAAGGAAGCUUUUUGAAACUACGAGUAUUUUAAUGGUGAAACAUUUCCUUACAACAUAAGAGGUUCUGUGUCCACAGACGUCAGUCGGCACACAACCCUCAACAUGGAAAUGGAUGCAGCGAAGAAAAUCUUGCUCAGAAUUUAAACAGACUGCCAAUUACACCGUCUUUUGUGAUGUGUAUUUUUAUCUAUCUUUGUAAAUAGGCCUACUCAGAUUUCAACCCUGUGUCCAGGAUAAAAUGUGUACGAGGGUCUUUCCUCCCUAUUAAUUUUAGCUGCAUAUAUGUUGCUAACAAAUAAUAUACGUAUACAAUGUAUGUACUUCAUUAACUUGUUGUUUGUAAACUUUGUUUAAAAUGACUUAAAUAAAA